AUGGAUAGGUUAGGAAGUUUACCAGACGAUAUUCUGACUCGCAUACUCUCUUCUGUUCCCACCAAACAAGCCGUAGCCACAUCCAUUCUUUCGAAGCGAUGGAUUCAUCUUUGGCGUUACGUUCCCGUUCUCGACUUCACAGAAACCAACAUGGAAGACCUAGAAUCCGUUCGCCGCUUCAAGGAAUUCGUUUCUUCCUUCUUGCUCUUGCGAAAAGCCGCAGGUAAUCAUUCCAUCAACACUUUCAUCCUCGGCAUUCAACGCUAUUCCUCUCCAAUUCAUGCUCCCGGUGAUAACUACUUGGAUAUGAUGAGAAGAACAACUUACCAUAAUACGUUGAUUAGGAAACUAACAUUAGCCCCUAGUUUGCCUAUUAGUAUAUUAACUUGUACAACCCUUGUUGUUCUCAAACUCCGUUGGUUUUGGUUUUUUAAGGAUGCUAAUUCUCAUUAUAAUUUUCCCUCACUCAAAACACUACAUUUGAAAGACAUUUAUCUUCAUCAUCAACAUGAAUUUACGUUUCUUCUGGAUGCAUGUCCACUUCUUGAAGAUCUUCAACUAUCUAAUAUACACUUUGACCCUUCCGCUCGUUUCUCUUCUUUAUAUCGUAAACAACAAUUAAGAUGCUCAAGCUUAAAAAGGUUGAACAAAGCAGAUAUAACCGAUCAUGGUUGCUAUUUUAUGGUGAAAUCACUUUCAAAUGUGGAGUUUCUACGCAUACAACUAUGCAAGGGUUAUUGUCCACCUAAUGACUUUCCUACAUUCCAUAAUUUGACUCAUCUGGUGCUCAACUAUAACUGUGAUAUAAUUGUACAAGUGCUCUACCAUUGCCCUAAGCUUCAAAAUCUUGACUUUUAUGAGGAUUUGAACACUACAAGAGAUUAUAAACAAAAUUGGGUGGAUCCUGAAUCAGUUCCAAGUUGCCUUUCAUUAAACCUUACAACUUGCAAUAUGCGGGACUUUGUUGUUGUAGACCAACACCGUAAUCGCAUUAUGUUAGCAAGGUUUAUUCUGGAUAAUGCAAGAGUUUUAGAAACUAUGUCAAUCUGGUGCUACAAGAGAUGGCCUAAAGCAGAAAGAGUAUUAUCCUCAUGUCCAAAGGCAUCUGCAACAUGUCAACUUACAAUUGAUUGUGGCUGCAAGUUUACUUUUAAAAGGCAUAACAAAAGAACUAAGAAUGGAAGAUAA